UCACCGCGCGACGGCGUCUCCAUGGCUGCGGCCAACACAGAGAUGUACCGGAGGGAGGCGAGCGUCCCGCUGCGGAGCAGCAGCGCGGCCCUCUACAACAACCUGAGCGUGCUGCGGCCGGGCGGGCGGCAGCUCUCCUGCUUCGCCGCUGUGCACGGGCCCAGCCUCAGCCUGGUGACUGCCGACGGGCUCGGCUUCACCCACCGGCAGCUACCGGCCAAGGAGGGGUGCACGGCCCUCAGCACCUCGCUCCUCACCCAGGCUGCAUGGUGUGUCCUGCCAUCACGGGUCCUGCUGGUGCUGACCUCUCAGAAAGGGAUCCAGAUGUACGAGUCUGAUGGCUCCAUCAUGGUUUAUUGGCACGCGCUGGACGUGGCAGAGCAUCCUCCAGCACAAGCUGUGUUUGCUCGAGGGAUCGCUGCAGCUGGAGGACACUUCGUCUGCGUGGGGACAUCCUCUGGGUCAGUGUUCGUGUUUGACAUCCCCCCAAAAGGGACAAACAUCACAGUGAGUGAGGUCCUGGAGGAGCACCAUGAUGCCAUCACCGACAUCGCUUCAGAGCUGGGCCAGGCUCCGGAUGGAGCUGGCGAUGUGGUGACUGCUGAUGACACUGGCACCCUCUGUGUUUGGAGCUCUGGGGAGGAGUUCACCUUGCUCAGCAAGAUUCUGGCCUUCGGCUGCUCCUGCUCCUCCGUGAAGCUGUGGAACGGGAUCGUGGCAGCCGGCUAUGGGAAUGGGCAGAUCCGGCUGUACGAGGCGGCCACGGGUGACCUGCGUGCCCAGGUCAAUGCCCACGCGCGCUGGAUCUACGCCCUGGACCUGGCACCACAGACAGGAAAGCUGCUGUCCGGUGCAGAAGACUCCUUUGUUCAUGUCUGGAAGCUCAGCAGGAACCCAGAUACUAAUGAUGUUGAGAUCGAACACUGCCAUGCCGAGUGUGUGACUGACACCCAGGUCUGCGGUGCCCGCUUCUGUGACCCCCAGGGGCUCUCCUUUGCCGUCACUGGCUAUGACCUGAGCGAGAUCUUCCGCUACAGCCGGGUGUAGGCUGCCAGCCAGCAUGGCACAGAGAGACCCGGCAAACGCCGCUGGCACGGCCUGUCGGCACCAAGGCACCAUAAGCAAGGAGGGGGUCCCACACCCACCCCCCCAGCUUCUGCUCCAUGGCGCUGGGGUGGAAAUCUGUGCAACGGCAGAGCUGAGCCAGGAUCUCAAUCGCUCCCACACCAAACAAGUCCUUGGUGUGGUGUGUCCACACGUGGGGAACGUGGGCUUGGAGCUGCUCCAGCUACUCAGGACCUGAGGAGAGGGAGGAAAGGCCCCUCCAGCCCUUCCCAGAGGGCAGGUGGUGUUGGCAGCAGGGCUGGGAGCAAAACCAGCUCCUCUCUUCCCAGCCUGAUUCAGACGGGAGUGGGCCUGGGACAAACCUGUGUUACACGCUGCUCCAGCCUGGAGGGCCUCAGGCACUGGUCCCAGCCAGGGCUGUGGCGUCUCCUGGGUGCAGCACCCAUGGGAGCACCCAGCCCAAGGGCGACAGUUACCUGGGAGGAGGGGGAAGAGAGGUGCCUCUUCUCCUCAGGGAGCCGUGGGGACAUGUGGGCUCCCGUGCUGGGACUUUGCAAGCCCAGGGCUGCUGGUCAGAUGUGCGAGACCACAGCUGCGCUCUGGGCUUAAAAAGGCGAAGGAAGCUGCCGGGAGCCUGCCAGGAGCACCCCAUGGGUCACAGCCAUGUCCUGUCUCACCCACCCCAUCUCCCCAUUCUUUCACUGUGUUCCUCCUAAGCUGGCUUUGACCCAGACCUAGACCUGAGGACUGGGAGGCAGUGACUGCUCCCAGACACUCCCCCAGGCUCUGCCCCAGUCCUUUCCCUGGGGGAGUGCCCUGCUCCAGCCCUCCUGUCCCUGCCGAUGGGACACUAGAGACAAGCUUGGCCUGCAGCUCUGCUUCCAGGGCCCUGCAGGGCUGCAGGGAGACAAUGACAGUGACACAGGGGCCCGCUGACCUGGGGCUGAGCUGAACUCAGCCUGUUUCAGGCCCUGGGUUGAGGGUAGAGCCCCCAGCCCCUCCAGCUGUGCCACAGUGAGAGCUGUGGCCAGGGAUCUGACGUCCCCCAGACUAUGGGGCACAAACCCCUCCCCAUGCACCCUAGAUGCCCCCCCCAACCCUGUGUACCCCAGUCAUGUCCCUGCCCCAAACACCCCCAUCUAUGAGCUACACCCCUCAGGUGGAAUCAGCCCUCCCCCCACCCCUUCCUGUCCCUCACCACCCUCCAUGUGCUGUAUAACCAUCAGCACCACCAUCCCCCUCCUCCCCCAAUAAAUGCACCUGAACGAA